AUGUCUUUUAGUGCACACAUUUCACUGAUAGAUUUAUCUCAGCAGCUUCCUUUUGAAAUAGACAAUGAGUUAAAGAAAGAGAUAUGCUUUGGAGAAACUCUCAUUAUUAGUUGCGGUCACUAUGAGGGGGACAUCGGAGAAGAGUCGUCAGAUUCGGAAUGGUCUUGCCACGAUACAACCGAAAGUUCUACCUCAGACGAGAUAAAAGAUGAUACUAUGUUGGAAAUAAAGGAUCGAGUGGAAGAAGAGGCAGCAGAUGAACAACAUCAAGAAGAAGAUGAUGAUUUUCACUUUUACUUCUUCCCAGACUGCACUAAGCCACCACCACCACGAGACAGCAAAGCGAGUAUAAUGAUUGUUGAUGGCUUGCCACAGAUAAAUCCAGAUGCGAAAGGUCCACCGCCAUGUACAUGCGAUAAGGACAAAAAAGGGCAAUGCGUUUGUCACAUAAAAUUGCCCUGCCAAUGUGGAGCCAAAACAACAGCCGAUUGUGUCUGUCCAAAAGCUGAAAAUAUUUGUAUUUGUCAUGAUGGCAAACCACAGCCUAUUUGCACUUGUAAAGGAAGCGAUGUUUGCUUAUGCCACCCUGACGGUAAAAUACGAGCAAAGUGUACUUGUGGGCAGGUGGAUAAGCCUUGCAUUUGUCACCCUCGUAAAAAGUUCCCCUCACCUGUUUGCACUUGUAAACAUAAGCCCAAACUCGAAGUUGAUGACCGAGUUAAGUCUAUGAUCGAAACUGUGGAAGAAGGCAGUGAAGAAAUUGGCCUUGAAGAAAUAGAGAGCGAAACAACAGAAAAAGUGGAAGGUGAAAUUGAGCAAGAGCCUUGCUUGUGUCAAAAGCCAGAUCCUAAACCAGUGUGUAAAUGUCUCAAAGGAAAAUCAUGUAUUUGUACUGAAAAUGCAUGCGUCUGCGGAGUUCAAAAAACAUGCGUUUGCGAGCCAACUGACGAUGAGGAACCAAUUUGCAAAAGCGACGAGUCCAAAUCAAUUUGCAGCUGUCCUGUCCCUUUAGAAUGCAAGUGUGAUGCAAAAUCACCUGAUGACUGUACGUGUUUCCCUCCCCAGCUUUGCGCUUGUGGUAACGAUCCCGGCAAAUGUAAAUGUUUCGCCGCUUGUGAUUGCUCUGCGCCAUGCAUAUGCGACACGAAAGUGGACGACGAUGAAUGCAUCUGUCUCGACAAAACUAAGCAAUUGGCUAAGGGACUGGUCUGCACGUGUUCCAGUAAAGAAAAAGAGAAAGAUGACCCUAUGAAGUUGAAGAGGAUGAGGGCUGGCAAGCAAGGCUAUCGUUGGUGUCAUGAAGUGGACCCUCGUCACACCUAUUUUGAUUAUGGGUAUGGUAGACACGAUAAGAUAUCAUAUAAAUUCCAGGAGAGGGAAAAAAUAAAGAUCCUAGGGCUAGGGGACGAAAAAGAAGAGGAGGAAGUAUGUGCUGUUCAUGGUGUCAAGGCACCACCCUAUAAAAAGAAAGUUCGCAAACCUUCAAUUGAUUGCUGUAGUGCCCUAGGAGGUAUAAGCAUUUGUGUCGAAACCCUCGGCGAAGACAAGGAUAAGUUUCUCGUUCAAGUUGUGUCGCAUUCGUCAAAAGAAGGAGCUAAGACCGGCUCGAAGCUAGUAAGCAUAUUGGAUUGCCAACUACAUACGAUGGAGGAGAAUAGAACUGAGCACAUUACUAAAAAGAAUAUAACUAAAGAACGUCGAAGUUAUAUGACUAUCUGCGAAAGCGGUUAUUAUAACAAGGUGACCCGCGUCUGCGGAGACCGUGAUGUCGUCAAGAGGUUUUAUCAUUCCUUCGAGGAUGCCCGAUACUUCCUACUCGAAGGCGCCAAUCUGGUUCUACUGAGAUAUUUCGGUCUUCGCCGGUAUAGGGGCAAUAUUAAAACUGAAACGGUCUUGAUGGACGGCACCAUUUGUGAGAGUAUUUAUGUCUGCCACGGAGUCAGCCAAGCGAUAGUAAAUGGGAAACCACUGUUUGUUUGCAAAGUCGAGCGCCAUAUUAUAGAACCAUCAGGAGUACUGCACCAAACAUUAACGGUCCUUACUCUACGAGGCUAUACUGUGAGUCACGAAUGGGCCGACAACAGUUACAUUUUACAUCUAAAUCCACUACUAAAUAUUGUUCCUGAAAAAGACGAGAUAGAACCUCAUGUGCCUCUGCGAGAAAAAUGGCGGGACGAUCUUCAGUUGUUAUCGGACUAUUUGGACUUUAAGAGCACCAGAUCAUCUGACGGCGCUCGCUACGUGACCGAGAGCGGUGCACUGACGGGCACAGUCCGAGACUACCUCCAGGCCCUGCUUCUCCUGAAACCCAGUGACGCCUUGCACUUCACCAGACACUACUUCGGAGCUGCCUUGUCAGCGCUGGACUUACCUCAUGAUGAGUACUUCGAUCCUACAACCAAACACGUCAGGUACUACUUCUUUGAAGAAUAAGGCCGUGUCCCUUCAUGAUAGAGCUCAUGAAAGGGAGUACUGUUUUUUUUUUUACUUUCGACUUCUAUUGAAGUUUUGUGCAUGAAUAGGUAGAGAUUGGUCAGAAUUUCAAUUUAAGUUUUCUUGUUUCUUUUCAUUUUUAAGCUCCAUAUAAUCCACAUUACUUUAAAAUUGUAUUUUUGGCACUUACAGCUGGCGUUCUACUUUCCUCACACACAUUAUUCAAUGUAAAAUCCCACGGAGUAGAUUAAAUAUUUUGUUGCGAGUUAUUUGAAAAAACUAAAAACAUUGUAUGGCAUCAAUGGGAUGAGGCGAACAAAAGAGAAUAGAGACUGCAAUAUCAAAUAUUGCCUGAUAGGUUCCUGACAAUUGUUUGACGUUUUUUAUUGUUGCGAACGCAAAAAUAUUAUGUUAGGUACGAAAUAUUGCUCGUGCAUAAUUUCUGCAGGGUUUGAUUUAUUCAUAUGGCAUUUUCAUUCAUUGGGGCGUUGUUUCCCCGUUGAUAUAUUUUUUAACGAAAUCUUUGAUGAAUCAUACCUAUUAGUCAUA